AGCUUUCGUGUCGGUCGCAGUGUUGCUGAAUCUAGAUGCAACACAUCAGCAGAGAGACUAACCAACUGACGAACGCAUGAAUGGAUCACGCAUAUAAAAACUAAUGGUAAUGUACUAGAAGAAGUGCAAAAACCACCUACAGAAAUAGAAUAACAAUCACCCUAAAAGUAGUUAUAUCAUCCAUGCAAAUAUCCGCAGAAGAACAAAAGUGAAUGUGGCAUAGCCAUAGAAAAUAGUGAAAGUCGAAAACCUCUCGCAGCAAAUUGUUAUUAGUGCGCAUUAUGUAAACGUUGUACCGACAGUCCGGAAAAGUGCAAAGCAAGAAUCAUCGAAUAAAAGUGGAAUAAAACUAGAACAGUACCGUGUGCAGUGUGGCUUACAUUUCCCUAAGGAUAAUAACCAUUGUUCCAACCAGCCAGCCAGCAGCAUAUUUCGAACGUCAUCGUACAUCGUCACCGCGUAAGACGUUGAACAGGCGAAUGUGUGCCACGGAAUCAUGAGCUGGCAUAUUUUCCACCUCCCACAACGCGUCCUACUCUUGACAAGUUCGCUGCUACAGGAGCCCUUCGACUCGAGCGUGGCAAGCUCGUUAAGCGAGUAAACAUUCGUAUCGGGAAAGAUUGAGUGGGCGGUAGGAGCCGUAGCGAGCCAACUACAGUGGGGGGAAAAUAGCUCAAUGUGCGUUCUAAUAACUGCUCCCCUUCAAACCAUGGUUGAGCAGUUUCCCUAGCAUAGCCGGGUGGUUAUUAUUACUUGCUAUCGUAGAGGAGGAAACUAUCAAACAUUUGCACUUACCGGUCUUGGCUCGAAGCGCCGCAGCCGAAAUCUUCGGGGGCAAAUUCUGAGUGAAACGAACGAAAGGGAACAUUUCAUGCUUCGUGGUGCUAUAUGUCGUAAAAUUAAGUAAUUUAUACGCUACUUUGCAUAAGUGUUUGGAACAUCGAGCCCACAGUUGCCAUUUAACGAUAGACGUUAGCUGUGGAAGGUACAAACGUGUAUGUUACAAAACAGGACAUACUUCCUUAUUUCCUAGACUCAGACGCGUCGCAUUGCAUCUUCAAGUGCUCUACAAGUGGAGUGGAAAUGGAAGUGCUUGGCAGUGUGUCGGUCUGAUAUAUGGCCCUCUAGGAAAAAGUUUCCAGUUACACAAAGGACCUGUUACGUUUUGGGCCCCGGCCGUUCGAUAUCAAUCAAGCUUAAGUGUUAGUAGCUGUCAGAAAUUAAUAAUCGCUGCUAAAUAGACGUGCUUAUACUUUUAACGGCUCCAUCUAGGCGCGUUAUCAGCCGAGAAAUAAAACUUAAUCGUCGUACUGUCACUGUCAUUAAAUACAAUCAGCUCCAGUGAGUGGAAGAACAGAACCAGAGCCGAAGAAUUUCCACGGAGAAGAAGAGAGAAAAAGCUUAAUUAACACCAGUGCACAUAACCGCAUGGAGAUUCGCUUUUCUCGCAUCUACUAAUUGUGGAUGGCAUUCGCAUAUAUUUGCAAGCAAACAACUGCGUAGGAAGGCACUUCACCUGGAUCAUAAACCUGAUACGGCACAUCGUUAGGAGCUGAGCAAACAUCCACCGUUAUAAAGAGGCUGCCGGCGGGACUUUCUGAUUUCUGAAAGCCGAUACGGUGGCGCUUAUUGAAUUUUAAGCAGCGGCAGCGGAAGUUGCUAACUUUUCUUCUAUCUCUAUUUUGAAAGGAAUGAAAUUCGAUUCAAUGUUAUUGAACGUUCUUUGACGAAAAUCUGGUAGAUGGUAAGCGCCGUGACCCGCUCACUUUUGAAUGUUGUCGGGUGAAAUUUUGGUCCGAUCUCCAUUGAGCGUGGUGCUGCUACCGCCACCCUCAUUAAUUGAAUUUUGUAGAAUUAUGGCAGCUAUCGCCACGCUCGCCAAUCAGCAAAAUAUCGAUGAUGACGACAUUUUCCUAGAAAACGGCUUGCUAAGCUACGAGAAUCCCAACUAUCACAUGGAUCCACUCCGAAUGGAACGUAACUCGCACCUGUACGAGGAGAUCAUCUCCGAACUGCAGCAGCAGGGCACACUUCGGCCAGCUGGCAGUGUAAAUCUGGUACGGGAUCCGAGUCUGCUCGGUAGCAAUCGAAAGGGAUAUCUGAACAUUGCAUCGAUGGGAGUUGACGGCAAAGAAGUUGACAGCUCCCUUAAGGACAAGCAGAAACUACUGGAUGGCUCACCAAAUGAAUCGGAAACGCAAAAAGAUGAAGUCUCGGAGAAAGGUGAAAAGACUCAAGCGCAAGAGAUCAAACACAUCGCUGGGACACUGAACUCGAACGAUUUGUAUGCGAUACCGAACAAGAAGAAGAAGCCACGGGUCGGAGAAGUGCCCCCCGAGGACGAAGAUGAGGAUGAAGAGGAAAAAGGCAAACAGGAAGACAUUGAAGCCAUUGAAGAUAAGGACAAAACCAACGAUCUACCGCCGGGAUGGGAGAAACAUGAAGACAACGGCGGUCCCUACUAUUGGCACAUCAAAUCGGGAACAAUCCAACGGGAGCCACCAGUAUGGCCAAAAGAUCCACCAAAAGAGCUUAAGACGCCGGUCGUACCAACGCCUCGCUGUAUACAGAAUUCAAUGUUUUCACAAACGUUAGCCAGUCUGUAUGGAACGCCGAAGCCGGAGACCAGUUCAUCCUCGUCCAGCAGUGGCCGAUUGCAUGAAAGUAUUACGUCCGUUACCCGUAGCAGUACCAGUUCGGCGCUAGAUCAAGAGGACGAGCGUCGACGAAGGGAAGACAUUGCGUUGAAACGAAGAAGUUUCCCACUGAAAUCGGACACCGAACGACCAAUUCGGUUUGCGGUACGUUCUCUGGGUUGGGUAGAGAUUGCCGAGGAGGACCUUACGCCGGAGCGAUCCUCAAAGGCGGUGAACAAGUGCAUCGUAGAUCUUUCAUUGGGUAGAAAUGAAAUGUUGGACGUUGUGGGACGAUGGGGUGAUGGCAAAGACUUAUUUAUGGAUUUAGACGAAGGUGCUUUAAAACUAACAGAUCCAGAGACGCUGACAAUACUAAACUCGCAGCCGAUUCAUACGAUACGGGUGUGGGGCGUUGGUCGGGAUAACGGAAGAGAUUUCGCUUACGUGGCCCGAGAUCGCCUCACCCGGAUUCACAUGUGUCACGUGUUCCGAUGUGACACCGCCGCCCGAACGAUCGCCAAUACAUUGAGAGACAUCUGCAAGCGAAUAAUGAUUGAACGAUCCCUCCAGCUCGAUACGAACAGUUCGAGCUUGGGCAGCUCCCGCUGUGCAAUACGCCCCACUGAUCUGCCGACCGAAAACAGACGAUGGAUACGACACCCAGCAUCUUUUCCCACCCCGAUGGAGGAACCGAAAAAGGUUCUAAAGGCGCAAUAUCUCGGUUCACUCGAGGUGGAUCAACCAACCGGAAUGGAAGUACUGAACGACGCCAUCAGCAAAUUGGUCACUGGUACGCCGGUGGAAAACUGGGACAAUGUCAACGUUUCGGUGGCACCCAGCAUGAUCAGUGUUAACACCUCGGACCCGGAAGCUCGUUUGCUGUGCGAAUGUAGGGUGAGGUACCUGAGCUUUUUAGGUAUUGGGAAGAACGUCAAAAACUGCGCUUUCAUCAUGCACACCGCACAGGACAAGUUCGUAGCGCACGUGUUCCACUGCGAACCAUCUAGCGGGGCACUUUGCAAAACGAUAGAAGCCGCUUGUAAGCUUCGAUACCAGAAAUGUCUCGAUGCUCAUCCGGAGGGGAGUGGUCGCUACUCAGCCGAUUCGCACACACCAGGAAAGGGAAUUGGAGCGACUUUAAAAAACUUGAUGAGCUCGUUCUCACUAAAAAAGGAUAAGGCCAGUUCCUGAGAACGAGCAAAGUCACUGCAGGAAAUCUGGCCACUAGCCGCGGAACGGGAGAUCAUCCCCCAUCGGCACCUGCAGUCACCGCUGAUAAAUAAGAAAAUCUUCGAGUGUCCCAACAGUCCGUAGCAUAUGAUGCUACCAGCAGCUUGGCAGAAGAUUGCACUCACCAAAGCCGCUGGGGGUCAUGCUAGUAGUAUUAAUAGUUUUGGCAAUAGCAUCCGCAAAUCAUCCCUAUCGUCGCUGUCAACAGCAUCGAUCGCGUCCACGCUGUCGUCGGAAACGUCCAACACGACGGUGUCGUACAUCAGCAUCACUAGUAGUCAUCAGCCAGCAGCAGCAAAUAGCAACAAUACUAGCAUAAGUAGCAGCAACAGUGAUAGCAUGAAAAAUAAUAUUAUCUGCAACGCCACCAGAACCACUACGAGCGCAGAAGUAAUAGGGAGAUCGUCGCAGCUUAUGGCAACUCAAGAAGAUGAGCAGCAGCAGCAGCAGCAGGUACUGCUGCCAACGACCGACGACACAAGCAACUGUAACUAUAGUAAGCUAGAUUGUGUGAUUGAAGAAAACUUAUAAUUGUCUGCUGUUUUUGGCUACCUGGUUUUCUACAUCAAUUAGACUCCGAGCGGAUGUUUAAAUUAGCUAAAACAAAUGUGUAGUAACACUAUCGUAGUAGUCGGUAGUUCAAAGACAAUGUGAGUAACAGAGAAAUUUUAUUUUCAACAUUUAUGUAGAAAGAUAAAGACGGAAAGACGGAAUGAUGGUACAACAAGCAGGAGAAGGACACUGAAAAGGAUGCCAUGUGAUGGAACUCGAAUGAUGGGCCUGGUCAUUGGAACAAGAAGUGUGAUGGUUUCAGUGGGUGAUUGGUGGUAGCGCCACGGACAAACGCUUUCGAAAAAUUUUUCAUUGGAAAACAUCAGCCUUAACGCGACUUGUUUCACCUAAUAAUCGGGCAGGUGUUUCAAUAAUAGUAGCGUUCUUAUAGUUGCGGUAGGGGGUUUAUGUCAGAAUAAUGGUGAAACACCAGAUUGAUUUAUUUUACAUACCUAGUUCACUCUCCCAAAAUAAAGUAGAUUUGCAUACUUGAAACUUGACGUUUGCCCAAAAAUGACGGAGCACAAUCAAUUCCUCCCAUGGCUCAGUCGGUAAAAGUGCAGCUACAAAGCAAGACCAUGCUGGAGGUGGCUGGGUUCGAUUCCCGAUCCGGUCUAUGCAUUUUUCGGGUUGGAAAAUUUCUCGACAUUCCUGGGCAAUAGCGUAUCAUUGAACAUGUCACACAAUACACGAAUGCAAAAAUGGUACAGGCAUCAAAAGCUCUCAAUUAUUAACUGUGAAAGAGGAUAAAGAACACUUAGUUGAGAGCACGCAAUAAUAUUAUCGAUAAGGAACAAGCUUGAAAUGCAAGGAAAAAGAAGGCAAUUGGUUUACCUUACGAUUUUAACUCCUUUGCACCUUUAGUUGCGGUAGUGUUCCUAUAAUAGUGAAAUCCAUUAAAAACCAAUGCGUCCCACUAUUAUAGGAACCAAAUUUUGCAACUACCACAACUUCCUCUGAAUGGAGGACGAGCUUUUGAAAAAUGUAUACAAUUCAAUCACAUUGUAAUAUUUUUCCACCAAAAUAUAAAUUGAAAGUUAUAGGCUGGCUUAUAAAAAGUAUAGUUAUAUCGUUUAUUAAUUUUUAAAUAAUUAAAUUGGCUUAGUUCCUUCAUUACUGGCUCAUCAACCCUAAUGCAGUUCCCAUGUAAAAUUGCAAGUUUUAUUGAGGUUUUAGAUUGGAACGUUUUUCUUCUGGCUAUUUUAUAUUGAAGUCAUCGUCACAAAUAUUUAAGCUCCCGAAGACUUUUUCAAAUAUUUGUCAACCUUAUUCUUUCCUUUAUUUAACAUCAGUCUCUGCUCCGCAAUCUAGUACCAAUCACCGACGGACAUCGAUUGCCAUCCAUUGACGGCAAUCGAAUGUGCAGGAAGGCAGUUUCCACACCUGCGUAGGAUAUCGCACCCAUUCAUCAAACAUGAACCGGGGCCAACAGCUUUACUUCCCUUUAUGCCUCAGAAAAAUCCCCCCGACCUCGGCUGGGAUUGAACCUAGAUCCAUUGGGGUACGAAAGCAGUCACGCUUAUCACUACACCACCGGCGCCGGCAUUUUGAUGCAAAUUGAUAUUUUAUGGAUAUAUUCAAAUCAGUCAGGGAAGACCACUAAUCCUUGACUUAUUUGAUGUCAGAUCUUUAUCUAUGCAGUGGCCUAUUUUUCAAAUAUUCAUGUUUUUAAGAAGCGUAGCUGUGAGAUAUAUUUCAGUUGACCAUGGACUAAGUCCAGACUAAAGCUUCCGAUCAGACAUAUAAGUCCAAUGCACACUGGGCCAGAAAUGCAAUCUAGCGGAGCAAAAGUAGUAACUCUGAAACGAAGCCUUUUCGUGACUUUGUGUCUUCGAUCAAGUUUCUCAUCAUAAUAAGGACCAUCUAUUGACAUAAACAAAUAGUUCAAAACUCUUCCGCAAAGAUGGCGCCACAAUAUAACUUCUUUCACUGACGUUUUGGAGACUUGAUGUCUUCGGCAAAGUUGUUUGCCUUGACAAAAUAAACAACUCUUUUGAAGACGUAAAAUUACCACAGCCGACUGGUUCCGAGUCAUAUGAAGUUAAAGAAAAAAAUGUCUCUUAUGCAAAUGCAUUAAAUAAAUAACUUUUGUUAAGAAACAUAUUGGUUAAUGCUUCAAAUUUUAAAGAAAUUGUUGAAAAACCGAAAAUAAAACAACAAAUUUUAACUUAUAUACCUCUCACAGAGCAAAAAAUCGUAACCUGACAUUUUCAGCUAAAAUUAGGCAAUACUCGAUUAACAAAAUAUCAAAAUUUGAGAGAAGUAUAUUUUGGUGAUUUUGAGAUUUCUUCAUUUUAGUGAAAAACAAAAUUUAUAACUU